GUCCGCUUUACUUUAUACCAAACUCAAUACAAUGUCCGACGCCGCAGCUCCAGCUCCUGCAGCCGAACCAGUCACAGCAACAGCAGCAGCAGCAGGCCAGUCAUCACAGCAGCAGCCGUCCAAGGUCGCUCCUGCUGUGCUUGUCAUUGGCAUGGCCGGCGCUGGCAAGUCAAUGGUGAUGCAGCGCUUGUCGUCACACUUGUCGGAAAACCGCCUCAAGACAUACGGCAUCAACCUCGACCCGGCCGUCGUUGGCGACCUGUCAUUCCCUGCAAACAUUGACAUCCGCGACACCAUCCACUACAAGAAGCUGAUGGAAGAGCACAAUCUUGGACCGAACGGAGCCAUCGUGUUGUCGCUCAACCUGUUCACCACCCAGUUCGAUCAGCUCUCCAAUCUCCUCGCACAGCGAGCACUCGAGAACGACUUUGUCCUCAUCGACACGCCUGGCCAGAUUGAAAUUUUCACCUGGUCUGCAGGCGGCGCAAUCAUCUGCGACGCACUGGCAUCCCGCCUGCCCACCUGCGUCGUGUAUGUGGUGGACACGGUGCGCUGCCAGAAUCCAGUCACUUUCAUGUCCAACAUGCUGUACACUUGCUCGAUUCUGUACAAGACGCAGCUGCCAUUUGUGGUUGUGUUUAACAAGACCGACAUUGUCAAGCACGACUUUGCCGUCGAGUGGAUGCGUGACUUUGAGGCGUUCGAAGAAGCUGUCUCGCGCGAGAGCUCGUACACGUCCGGGCUGGCCCGAUCGCUCUCGCUCGUCUUGGACGAGUUUUAUUCCAACCUUCGUGUCGUGGGUAUCUCUGCGGCUCGCGGCGAUGGCAUGAACGAUCUCGUCGAGGCCAUCAACGAGGCUUCUGCCGAGUUUGAGCGCGACUAUCGACCCAAGCUCGAGCAACUCCGCAAAGAAAAGGAGGCCGAAGAGGCUGCGCGGCAACAGGCGCAGCUGAACAAGUUUGCCGCCGACAAGAAUGCCGGUAUGAAGGUCGCCAUGAAUCUCUCGGACGCCGCAACUGCUGUUUCUGCCGCUGCCGGCGCGUCCGGCUCGCGCAAGGCCCAGGUCAAGCUCUCCAAGAUCAACUACGGCAAGGGCUCGCACGAAGAGUACGAUUCGGACGACUCGGACAGCGCGUACACUCCUCGCGACGGUCUUUCGUACAUGAACGAAAACGAAGAGGACGAGGAUGAUGCCGACGACGACGAGGCCGAAGGCGACGAGUAUAGCACUGCUGAGGAAGCUGAAAAGGAGCGAUUGCAGUUUGAGUCGUUCAAAUCCUUCUUGGCAUCUCAAAAUGCCUCUAGCGCCGUUGCCAAAAAGCCUCAAUGAUGCAUUAUUGUUAUGAUGUACGCUCAAUACACGCCCC